AUGAAGCAAAACCAGGGGACAAAUAACGCAGCGGAUGAGGAGACGACCAAUCCGGAAGCGAACGCGCAAGUAGUGACGCACGGGAUUAGUCACCCUGACGGUACUGUCGACUUGGCGAGAGUGACCGUGCAGUACAGCGUGUAUAGCUCAUGCCUUCUGCUGCUGUCCAGCCUUCAGCUGCAUUUUAUGUGCGAAGAGAAGAGCUCCAAAAAAAAAAAAAAAAAAAGGCAGCACAUUCAAACGAGGUAUACCCAGAGAAGGAAAAAGAUAAUUAUCAUGAUCAUCAUCAGCAGAAGCAGCUCGGUGGAAGGGCCAGUAUGA